AUGUCUGACGAGCCGACCACCAGCGGCCAAUCUGCGCCCCCUGCUGCUGAGGAGGUGGAAAAGAAGGUAGACGAGACCACGACUGAAGCUGAAGCUUCUGAUGCGCCUGCUGCUGCUGCUGAUGACGCGAAAUCCUCCGAGGCAGUUGCCAAGGACAAUACCGAGGAAGCACAGGAGGAGGGGUCCAAGACCACAGAUUCCGAGACCAAAGACGCGGAACCUGCUAGCAAGUCUAAAGAGCCAUCCAAAGCCGACGAUACAGACGUCGAAAUGAAGGACGCGACAGACGCACCCGAGACGAAGGAAGCCUCCGAAUCUGCUACCGGGCAUGAUCAAGAGCAAGAGCCCGCCGCUACUGAUGCGACAGCUGAUAAGUCAAAGGCGCGUCGCAGGUCUUCGGGAGUUCCGGAGCAUAAGGGCAAGAAACUUAGCAAGAAAGCAUCUAAGGCCAAGCUGUCCCACAAGGACGCGAAGCCAGGUGAUCACUUCCUUGUGAAGCUCAAGGGAUACCCCCAAUGGCCUGUCAUUAUUUGCGACGAAGAAAUGCUCCCCGAGACGCUUAUCAAGACACGCCCCGUAACUGCUAAGCGUGCCGAUGGAACGUAUCGCGAAGACUUCGCCGACGGUGGCAAGAGACAAAAUGACCGCUCGUUCCCUGUCAUGUAUCUUCGCACGAACGAAUUUGGCUGGGUCCCCAACUCCGCUCUGCAGGAACUCACCGCGGAGAAGGCGACUGAACUGCUUACCGAUAAGGUGAAGAAGGUGGAGCUGCGGGACGCUUUCGAACUUGCCAUUGAACAGAAUUCGCUCGAACACUACAAGGAAGAAUUGCAGAAGUACCAAGAUGAACUAGCUCAGAAGCAGGCUGCCAAGGAUGCUAGAGAAGCUGCGAAGAAGAACAAGAAAAAGACCCCAGCCAUCCUUGACGACGAGGACAUCGAAAUGGGCGAUGCUGCUGAUGAGGAGGUGGCCCCAACUCCGAAGGAGAAGUCCAAGUCGAAGAAGAGAAAGGCCGAGGAGGAGGCCGCUAGCACCCCUGCCCGAACCGAGUCUGCAAAGAAGCCCAAGAUCAAGCUGAACACUUCUUCUACUCCCAAGACGACAAAUGGAACUGCAACCCCAAAGUCUGGAAAAGAUCAAGCUGCAAAGCCUGCGAAGACCAAGUCGUCGAAGAAGGACGGUGCCGAGAAGAAGGAGAAGGAAGUUCCUAAGGAGCCUGAGUUGACUGCUGAAGAGAAACAUCAGCGUAAAGAGAAAGAGGUUCUUUUCCUGCGUCACAAGCUGCAGAAGGGUCUUCUCACGAGAGAUCAGGAGCCCAAGGAAGAAGAGAUGAAGAUGAUGUCGGAUUAUAUUACGAAACUGGAGAGCUUUCCUGACCUCGAGGUUUCUAUCAUCAAGGCGACCAAGAUCCACAAGGUUUUGAAGGCCAUUUUGAAGCUUGACUCUAUUCCGAAGGAAGAUGAGUUUAAGCUCAAAGACCGAUCAUCGACAUUGUUGGACAAGUGGAACAAGAUCAUCAGUGGUGUCGAGACGGCGGCAGUCCCCGCGGCGGCUUCAACUCCGGUUGCUACCAACGGUGUUAACGGCACUUCUGGUAAGACUUCCACUGACUCCAAGGAGAACCCCGCCGACUCGAACGGCGUUAAGGAGGAGUCGAAGGACACUGGAAAGUCCGAGGAGGCCGACAAAGAUGCGACGGACGGGAAGGAAAAGACAGUCGAGGACGAGAAGUCCGAGGAGCCUGAAAAGGCGGGAGAAAAGACCGAAAAAACGGAAGAGUCAGUUGAAAAGCCAGCUGAAGAGUCUGCACCUGCGCCUCCGGAACCGGUUGAAGCUAAGGCUUAG